AUGUUCAAAGGGUUUUCUGUUAUAUUGGUGGUAGUUGAUAGGCUCACCAAGUAUGCACAUUUUUUACCUCUAUCUCACCCUUAUACAGCUGCAUCAGUGGCUGCUGUCUUCACAUCUCAGGUAGCUUACAGGCUCGAGUUGCCACCAAGUUCGUCAAUUCAUCCAGUCUUUCAUGUCUCGAGGUUGAAGAAAUAUGUUGGCUCUGAUUCACAGAUUUCUCCUAUGUUACCAUUAGUUAAUUCUCAUGGGAAUUUUAAGGUGGAACCAGAAGCUAUUCUGGACAGACGAAUGACUGCUAGGGACAAUAAACCUUUUAUCGAACUAUUGGUAAAAUGGCGUGGUAUGGAUGAGGAAAGUUCCACUUGGGAACCUGUCGAACAGCUGAGGACUCAUUAUCCUGACCUUGUGGGCAAGUUGGACAUGAGCAAUGCCAACCUCAGCCAAGCAAUCAAUUGGCCCGAUAAGGUUAACAUGCUUCCUUCUUUGUUAGACACGUGUCUUAGUGGUUGUGAGCUCUCUAUGCCUAUUCCUUGUAUGCUUUCCAAUGUUAGUAGUUCUUCUUCGCCACUUUUAUUCCUUGAUCUCUCUGUCAAUCAUCUCAACUCAUCGGUAUUCCCUUGGUUGUUCAAAUAUUUCAAUAACCUUGCUGUUCUUUCCCUGGAUGCUAGCCUUCUGGAAAGUCCUCUUCCAGAAGCUUUUGGGAAAAUGGUAGCUCUUGUUCAUCUCAACCUCUCUUUCAACAACCUCGAAGGGUUGAUACCCCAAACUUUGGGAAAUCUUCACAAUUUACAAGUACGAGACUUGUCAAACAAUAAUAUAAGUGGGGAAGUACCUGAUCUUGCACGCCUCUCUUGCUUGAAAAGGUUGCAUCUACACAAAAAUCGAUUGAAUGGGAGUUUAACCAAGAGUAUAGGAAAACUUUCCAAGCUCGAGGUUCUUGAUGUGUCUUCAAAUUCUUUCGAAGGAGAACUCCCUGAUUGUUGGUCAAAUAUGCUAUCAGUUGUCAUGCUUGAUUUUUCAAACAACAAUCUUUCUGGGAGAAUCCCUGAUUCUAUUGGAGCCCUAUCAAGACUUGAGACUUUGCAUUUGCAAAAAAACAAUUUGGUCGGAAAAGUACCCAAGUCGUUGAGGAACUGCUCUUUAUUGAAACUUUUAGACCUUGGAGAAAACAAACUAUCUGGGAGAAUACCUGCAUGGAUGGUGUAA